AUGGCAAUGACAGGCCCAACUCCAUGUUCUUCCAUGAGCAACCACACCAAGGAGAGAGUGACCAUGACCAAGGUGACCCUGGAAAACUUCUACAGCAACCUCAUUGCACAGCAUGAAGAAAGAGAGAUGAGACAAAAGAAGCUGGAACAAAUGAUGGAAGAAGAAGGCUUAAAAGAUGAAGAGAAGAGAAUCAGGAGGUCAGCACAUGCACAAAAGGAAACUGAGUUUCUUCGCCUGAAGAGAACAAGGUUGGGUUUGGAAGACUUUGAGUCUUUAAAAGUAAUAGGCAGAGGAGCAUUUGGAGAGGUGAGACUUGUCCAGAAGAAGGACACGGGCCAUGUUUAUGCCAUGAAAAUCCUAAGGAAAGCUGAUAUGCUUGAAAAAGAGCAGGUUGGCCACAUCCGUGCAGAGAGGGACAUCCUAGUGGAGGCAGACAGCUUGUGGGUGGUGAAGAUGUUCUACAGCUUUCAGGACAAGCUAAACCUCUACCUUAUCAUGGAGUUCCUGCCUGGAGGUGACAUGAUGACUCUGUUGAUGAAAAAAGACACUCUCACAGAAGAAGAGACACAGUUCUACAUAGCAGAGACUGUGCUGGCCAUUGAUUCCAUCCACCAGCUGGGUUUUAUCCAUCGAGACAUAAAACCAGACAACCUUCUCCUGGACAGCAAGGGCCACGUGAAGCUCUCAGACUUUGGUCUGUGCACUGGGCUCAAGAAAGCCCACAGAACAGAGUUCUACAGGAACUUGAACCACAGUCUUCCUAGUGAUUUCACUUUCCAGAACAUGAAUUCCAAAAGGAAAGCAGAGACUUGGAAGAGGAACAGGAGGCAGUUGGCUUUUUCUACUGUGGGUACUCCAGAUUACAUUGCUCCUGAAGUGUUCAUGCAGACUGGGUACAACAAGCUUUGUGACUGGUGGUCACUCGGGGUCAUCAUGUACGAGAUGUUGAUUGGUUACCCCCCCUUCUGUUCUGAGACUCCACAAGAAACCUACAAGAAAGUCAUGAACUGGAAAGAGACCCUGACAUUUCCUCCCGAAGUUCCAAUAUCUGAUAAAGCAAAGGAUCUCAUUUUAAGAUUUUGCUGUGAAUGGGAGCACAGAAUUGGUGCAUCUGGUGUGGAGGAAAUAAAGAGUAACCCAUUCUUUGAAGGGGUUGAUUGGGAACAUAUCAGAGAGAGACCUGCUGCAAUUUCCAUAGAGAUUAAAAGCAUUGAUGAUACCUCAAACUUUGAUGAAUUCCCAGAAUCUGAUAUCCUGAAGCCAACAGAGACUGACUACAAGAACAAAGACUGGGUUUUUAUUAAUUACACCUACAAGCGUUUCGAAGGCCUGACAGCCCGAGGAGCAAUUCCAUCCUACAUGAAAGCAGGAAAGUAA